CCUCCAUCCACACACACUCACACACCUUUGUCUGUACGUGUGUACAAUCUCACUGCUGGCUUCUCUGCUCAACUGACUGUCUGCUGCAUGGUCUGUCUGUCUACCCCUCCAAUUCACCCCCCUAUAGCUUUGCAGCAUCUCUGAUCUCAAGUCUUCUCAUUUCUGCAGACAUCAUUCUAUGGGUGCAUAUUGAUAGUUUAAAGUGGCUUCUUAUUCUAAUAUCUUCAUAUCUUCUACAGAGCUGCACUGAUCCCUUAAGACAGGAUAAAUGGAUGCAAUUUGGCUGGGCAUUUACUUUCACCUGGCCAGUUCUCUCAUAGUAUUGCACAUUACGGAAUGGAAAAAUGGAGAGGAAGCCACUUUAGACUAUUGAGAUGCACCUUUAUGUAUCCAUACAGGUCUUUUUCCUCUUGUCAAUCUGUCCCUCCUUGUUUCCACUAAUUCUUCUCUCGUUAAGUGUCUGCAUAAUCUCAGCACCCCAAACCUCUUAAUUUAAUCCUACACGAGCCUCCUGUGGUGUAGCGAUGAACUGAAUGUGUUGCGUUUCCGUGGUGCCUGUGGCCAUGGUGGCAUUACGUGUGCCUGAGGGUCCGGCUGCUUUGACUGCUCUGUGUGUCGUCAGGCCCCAGCCACGCUCCCAUGCAGCAGCAGCAGCAUGCGGGUCAGACACAGUCGGCUGGGCCCUCCUCCACGUCCCUCAGCCUGCCGGCCAGCACCCACGGCUCAGCCUUGAGCUACAGCCACCCCGUGCCACCCUCUUCCCAGGGCAGCAUGAUCCAGGGGCCUGGCCCAAGCCCAGGCUCUGGUUCUUCCUCUUCUUCCUCCUCCCGCAGCAACCUCAACAUGCAGUCCAACCCAGUCUCCAUGAUGCAGCAGCAGUCGGCCACACCUCAUUACCCGUCGUCCCAGACUGGGGCCGGGCAGCAGCACUACCAGGGCCAACAGACUCCUAUGGGCAUGUUGGGGCAGAGCGGACAAGGCAACAGUAUGGUGAGCCAGAGGCCCAUGGGGACUUACCGACCCACACAGCAAGGUCAUGGCGAGUACUCCUACCAACAGUCGUCCUACGCCGAACAGGGCUAUGAGAGGCCAUUUGACGAGUCCUCACAGCACUACUACGAAGGAGGCAACUCCCAGUACAGUCAGCAGCAAGCCCAGUACCAGCAUGGCUCAGGUCAGCAGCAGCCCUUCAGCCAACAACAGUACCCCUCACAGCAGGGCUACAGCACACAGCAACAGGGCUAUGGUCCAGGUCAGGGUGCGUUGUCCCAGUACUCCCAGUACCAGCAGGGUCAGGGCCAGCAGUAUAGCUCCUACCGCUCCUCCCAGGCUGCCCCUGGGGCACAGACACAGAGGCCCUACGCUUACGAACAGGUACAGCUACAGCUACCCCCGACCCCACGUUUUGAGGAGGACGGUGCUGUCCAACCAAACAUUGGGUAAAUUGGGCAACUCACACCGCAAAUUACCACAAUGGCGAUGCCCAUGGGUUGCUUUUAAUCAUGUGAAAGUAUUAAUGAACAAAAGUAUUCCCCAUCUCAUGCUGACCUGAAAUGACUAAAGAUGUGUUUUCUUUUCUACCUCCCACUCCCUUAGAGUCAAUAUGGAAACUACCAGCAAUAAGGCACCACCUCCUGGGCAAACUGGUGGACAAGUUAGGCAAGGGAACAGUUGUGUGAAUGCCCCUUAACAGUCAUGUGUAAACCAGUCUCUGAGUAAAUUAGUUAGAUUAAGCUCUAAAUCCUUUUAGUUUGCUGAGAGACAGAUUAGAAGUCUAGAAUGUCAGCUCCAUUGUCCGCUUGUUCACUAUUUUCUAGCUGAGUAGAGGUUAACUGGUUCAGGAGAUCCUGUAUUUAGCACCUCUCAUCUCUGCUUUCUCUCCUCACCCUCUAUAAGAGGCUUUGAAUUAGGGGGGUAUCUGGUAACAAAUCGGGGCACCCUCAAUAGUAUUAUUAUAUUAACAUGGGCAAUAUAUGUGUUUUAAACUCAUGUGAAAUUUUUAACCUGCCUCUAAAUGUCUUCCUUCCUUGGUCUGUGACCUCUAUCAGCCUCUAUCUGGCUCCUCAUAUCCUCCCUUUCUGUCUUUGUCUUUCACAUGGUGCACAAUACAAGUGCUAUCCUCUGUCUUUAAGAAUGUAAUUGGAAAUGUGCCAAUUAGGUUGUUCACAUUUACAUAAGAUUGAUCUAAUAUAAUACAUUCAGCAUCUAUUAUUCAGUGUAGAGAAUAACUUAGAGUUGACUCUUGAUAAGUGUACUUUGAUUAAGGUUAAAAUGGGGCUUGUCGGUGGUGUUCAACCUGAUGUGUUCAGGCUGUGUUUUUUUUAAACUGUGAAGUUGUGUAGGUCAGUGUGUGGUGUGACCGACUGUUUUGUGUUACCACUCUCUCUGUGUAAGAAGAACCAAUGCUUUAGUAAGGUAAUAGACACAAUAGCUGGUGAAUUGACAAGUGUGCAUCAACUACACUACAUUGCCAAAAGUAUGUGGGCACCUGCUCGUCAAACAGACUGCAAGAUGGUGAAGCGUGAUUCAUCACUCCAGAGAACGCGUUUCCACUG